GUCAAGUUCAGUGGUGUUCAUCGGCCAGAGCUCGUCACAGGUCAACAUGCUCUCUGCGCUUCGAAGUGCCGGCGCCCGCCGGGCCCGCUCUACCGCGACGUUACAGCGCGCCUUGAGCUCGAAGGCAUCUGCCGACGACAAGCGCUACAGACCGGUGAAUGAAGUGCCCGAAACAGUACUGCAGAAUGCGCAUUCGGACAAGGUGUUUUCGCCGGGCUUUUCGAUCAAGGGGCAAAACACCGAGGGUCGCGCCGCGUACUUGGAUGUCCAAGCGACGUCCCCUCUGGACCCUCGCGUUUUGGACAAGAUGAUGCCACAUUUGACGCACAGCUACGGCAACCCGCACUCGCGCACGCAUAGCUACGGGUGGGAUGCGGACAAGGCAGUCGAACACGCGCGUGGUCAAGUCGCGGAUCUGAUCGGCGCUGACGCCAAGGAAAUCAUGUUCACGUCUGGCGCGACUGAAUCGAACAACACGAUUAUCAAAGGCAUCGGUCGCUUUUACAAGUCCAAGAAGAAGCACGUCAUCACAACUCAAAUUGAACACAAGUGCGUCCUAGACUCGUGUCGCGCGUUGGAAGGCGAAGGCUUUGAGGUGACCUACCUCCCCGUACAAACGAACGGCCUGAUCGACAUUGAUGCAUUCAAGGCUGCUAUCCGUCCCGACACAGUGCUGGCGUCGGUGAUUGCCGUGAACAACGAGAUUGGCGUGCUGCAGCCGCUUGCGGAACUCGGCCGCAUUUGCCGCGAACACAAGGUGUUCUUCCACACGGAUGCCGCCCAAAUGGCGGGGAAGCUGCCCAUCGACGUGGACGCGAUGAAUAUUGACGCUAUGUCGAUCUCCGGUCACAAGGUUUACGGCCCCAAGGGUAUCGGCGCCAUGUACAUUCGCCGCCGCCCUCGCGUUCGCUUGGAACCGAUCUUGUCGGGUGGUGGUCAAGAACGUGGGCUGCGUAGUGGCACGUUGCCGCACCCGCUCUGCGUUGGCCUUGGUGAAGCGUGCGCGUUGGCGCAACGUGAAAUGGAGAACGAUCACAAAUGGGUCCAGCAUCUUGCGGAACGGCUGCAGAAGGGCAUUCAUGACGCGAUUCCGCAUGUCAUUUUGAACGGCGACAAGGAACAACGGUACUGGGGAAAUGUCAACUUAAGCUUUGCGUACGUUGAAGGCGAGAGUUUGCUAAUGGCGCUCAAGGACAUCGCUGUGUCGAGUGGCAGUGCGUGCACGAGUGCGUCGCUCGAGCCGUCGUACGUGCUUCGUGCGAUUGGCGUCGGCGAAGAUUUGGCGCACACGUCGAUUCGUUUUGGAUUGGGCCGCUUCACGACCGAAGAAGAAGUGGAUUUUGCCAUCGCUCUCUGCGUCAAGCACGUUGGCCGGCUGCGUGAGAUGAGCCCGCUGUGGGAAAUGGUGCAGGAAGGCAUCGACCCCAGCACCAUUCAGUGGACACAGGACGCGCAUCAUUGACGGGUCUUCCCAGGAAUCUCCGCAAGCUUUGCGAUUAAUUUUGACCAAUCAAAUGCGUGUUUACGUUUUGUCUGCUAAUGAGCGAUUGAGCUCACUAUUUUAAUAUUACUUCGAAG